AUGGAACGAGAUAUUUUUGGACGUCUGUUGGCAAUUGCCAUUAAUCAAAAAGUUGACAUUGGGUACUGUUUGUCAUUCCCUCUAGCACCUCUACCUCCUGCACUAUUCCACUGCUCAGGUGACAUAAUGAAGACGGACAAGUCAACUCUGAGUAAACAAUUGACAGCAAAGAUUGCACCAGCUAAUCCUGGCCAAGUCGACAUAGAAAUCAUUGAUGGUUUCUAUUAUUUGUAUCAAAUUGGCUCUAAUUUGCCGCAAACAUUUGGAAAAGUAGCAGAAUCGAUAUUGAUAAAACUUUGUUCGAAAAAUACUCCCGAAGUACAUAUCAUAUUUGAUAGAUAUUUAACGCCUUCUAUUAAAGAUAGCGAACGACAAAAUCGAGAAGGAAUUGAUAUUCCAUACACAAUUAAUGGCCCUUUGCAAAAAAGACCCAAUGAUUUUUUAAAAAGCUUGAAGAAUUUUCGUUUCAAAGAAGCCCUGGUAAAAUUCUUAGCAAAUCAUUGGGCCGAUGAUUCUUUUGCUACAGUAUUAGGAAAUAAAAAAAAUUAUAUUACAGUUGGAGAGCAAUGUUUUUCGUAUUGUUCUGCUGCAAAUCUCGUAGUGCAAACUGAAGAACUGCCUGUAGAACUGCCGUGUAGUGGCGGUUGA